CGAGCUUCAUGAUCCCCAAGACCUGCAGCGCGCCAUGCACCUCGCGCGCGCCUACGAACGCCGCAACGCCCCUGCCCCGCUCGCGUUGCCAGCACCGCAACGACGCCGAUCCACUGGGGUGCCUGCGACGUUCCCUGCGUCAGCCAGCUCGUCCUCGCCAACACCAGCGGCCGCUGCAGCUGUGCAGCGCCCGUUCAAGCGCCUUUCACCCGAGGAGAUGGCAGACCGUCGCAAACAGGGCCUCUGCUACAACUGCGAUGAGCCGUACAUCCGUGGUCACAAGUGCGCUCGUCUCUUCUUCCUUGAGGCCGCCGACUACAUCGUGGAAGAGCCAGACGACUCCGAUGAGGAUGGGCCUGCAGCUUCCGGUACCAGCCUUCCACCGUUUGAUCCCGAUGCUCCUAUGAUCUCCUUGUCUGCUAUUACAGGGAUCCGCGCACCAAGCACUAUGCAGCUGCAGGUUCGCAUCGGCGCACACCACCUUACGGCGCUCCUGGACUCUGGAUCCACGCACAAUUUCAUCAGUACGGAGGCUGCUGGUCGUGUGGGCGUUCCCCUCCAAGACAGCCGCGGCGCCCACGUAGUGGUCGCCAAUAGCGACCGCGUCGAGUGCCGGGGCCUUGCCCGCGGCGUUCCUCUUCAGAUCGGUGCAGAGUCCUUCCGGGUGGACAUGUACUCCAUCCCUGUCCACGGCUGCGACAUCGUUCUGGGCAUCGCAUGGCUGCGAACCCUGGGACCCAUCCUCUGCGACUUCGAGCAACGUCGCAUGGCGUUCCAUCUCAAGGGACGUCGGGUCGUCUGGGCAGGCGUGGCGGCGUCGGGGACAUCGCCAAGACCGUCGUCCGACCCGCUGCUCGCCAACAACCUCUUCACUGACUUGGGCUCUGAGCAGGACCUCUUGGAACGUUUUCUGGCUACUUACGACGACGUGUUUGCAGCACCGACGGGAUUGCCCCCGGCACGGGCCUGUGACCACCGCAUCCACCUCAAGACUGCAACAGAACUGGUGGCGGUUCGUCCAUAUAGAUACCCCCAGCUACAGAAGGACGAACUAGAGACGCAGUGUGACGCAAUGCUCCAGCAAGGCAUUAUCCGGCCCAGUACAUCUCCCUUUUCGGCGCCCGUGCUGCUGGUCAAGAAGCAGGAUUCCUCCUGGCGCUUUUGUGUGGACUACAGGGCCCUCAAUGCUGCUACAGUUAAAGAUAAGUUUCCCAUCCCUGUGGUGGAGGAGCUGCUGGAUGAACUCAAUGGUGCUCGUUUUUUCUCCAAAUUGGAUUUGCGCUCCGGGUAUCAUCAAGUACGCGUCCAUCCCGAUGACGUGGCCAAGACAGCGUUCCGGACUCAUCAUGGGCCCGAGUUUUUGGUCAUGCCCUUUGGAUUGUCCAAUGCGCCUUCGACGUUCCAGGCGCUCAUGAAUUUGGUGCUCAAGCCUUUUCUACGCCGCUGGGUCCUGGUGUUUUUCGAUGAUAUCCUAAUAUACAGCAAGUCAUGGACGGAGCAUCUCCAUCACCUGCGGGCUGUUCUAAAUGUGCUACGUGCCCAUCAGUUGCAUCUCAAGCGCUCCAAAUGCUCUUUCGCCACCUCUUCAGUGCAGUACCUGGGGCAUGUCAUCUCAGCCUCGGGCGUCGCUAUGGAUGCCUCCAAGGUGGAGGCAGUGAAAUCCUGGCCGCAACCCCGCUCUGCACGCGGUCUGCGGGGGGUUCCUGGGCUUGGCAGGAUAUUAUCGACGAUUCAUUCAAGAUUUUGGUACAAUUGCAGCCCCUCUCACCCAGCUUCUCCGUAAGGAUGCCUUCAACUGGACAGACGCAGCAACGACCGCUUUUGACGCCCUCAAGCACGCCCUGUCCACUGCACCUGUACUCCAUCUUCCUGAUUUCAGCAAAGACUUUGUGGUGGAUUGUGACGCGUCUGGGUCUGGUUUCGGCGCCGUAUUACACCAAGGAGCGGGGCCAUUGGCGUUCUUCAGCAGGCCUUUCGCUGCCCGGCAUCUCAAAGUGGCAGCCUAUGAACGGGAACUCGUCGGGCUGGUUCAUGCUGUUCGUCACUGGCGCCCUUAUCUGUGGGGGAGAGCCUUUGUGGUGCGCACAGAUCAUUACGCGCUGAAAUAUAUGCUCGAUCAGCGCCUGUCAACAAUUCCCCAGACCCAGUGGAUUUCCAAAUUAUUUGGUUUUGACUUCAGGGUGGAGUUCAAUCCGGGCCGUUUCAACACCGCUGCUGAUGCGCUUUCUCGCCGGGAUGGCGAGGUGCCUCUGUUGGCGGCUCUGUCCAGCACCGCGGUUCAUGUGACUGCAUUGUCUGUGCCGGCUUUCGACGUCUAUGCUCAGCUUCGCCAAGAAUAUGAGGCUGAUGAGGAUCUUCGCAGCCGCAGGGAUGAGGUUGCUGCAGGAACGCAUGGUGCGGACUGGUCUGUGCGUGAUGGCCUCAUCCUGCACGCCGGGCGAGUGUUCGUGCCCGCGUCUUCGGCAUUCCUCGAUGAUGUUCUGCAGUUAGCUCACACAGCGGGUCAUGAAGGAAUCCAAAAGACGCUGUUGCGCCUGCGUGCUGAUUUCUAUGUGGAGCACGAUCGGCGGGUUGUGACCGAUUUUGUCAAGUCUUGCGCUGUCUGUCAACGUAACAAGACAGAGGCCUUGCACCCUGCCGGGCUUCUCCAACCGCUGCCCGUUCCUUCCAGGGUCUGGGCUGACAUCGCGAUGGAUUUCAUCGAGGCUCUUCCCAAGGUACAUGGCAAGAGCGUCAUCCUCACAGUGGUGGACAGGUUCUCAAAGUAUGCACAUUUCAUUCCUCUGGGCCACCCGUACACUGCCUCUUCAGUGGCUCGCGCAUUCUUCAAUGACAUUGUCCGUCUUCAUGGCUUCCCAUUGUCAGCGAUCGCGACCCAGUUUUCACUGGCAAUGUUUGGCGUGAUCUGUUUCGCCGAGCAGGUGUGCAGCUACGCCUCAGCACUGCGUUUCAUCCCCAAACUGAUGGUCAGUCGGAGGCGGUCAACAAAACCAUUGCCAUGUAUCUUCGCUGCAUUACUGGGGAUCGACCGAGGGACUGGCUCGAUUGGCUUCCAUGGGCUGAGUACUGCUACAAUACUUCUUACCACUCAGCACUUCGCACAACUCCGUUUUCGGUAGUCUAUGGUCGGCAGCCACCCGCACUCCUGCCAUAUGAACCGGGUACGGCGCAUACUGAUGUGGUUGAUUCCCUCUUCACUAGCCGGGAUGAGUUCUUACAGGAGGUGCGAGCCAGAUUGCUUCAGGCACAAGAAUACGCUCGACGCCAUUAUGAUGCCAAGCAUCGGCCACUGGAGUUCUCUGUGGGAGAUUGGGUGUUGCUUCGGCUGCUGCAUCGUCCCACCCAGUCUCUCGUUCCUGGUCGGCGUCACAAGCUCAGUCCUCGCUAUGCUGGACCUUAUCAGGUGAUCGAACGCGUUGGGUCGGUGGCCUACAGACUCAAUCUUCCAGAAGAUGCACGCAUUCAUGAUGUUUUUCAUGUUGGAGUCUUGAAGCCAUUCCGUGGUGAACCUCCUGCUGCUAUGCCGUCCCUUCCGCCACUUCAACACGGGCGUCCUCUCCUUCAUCCGGAGCGUGUUCUGCGUUCUGAAUUACGCAGGGGCGAGUGGUACAUUUUGGUCCAGUGGGCUGAUCUUCCUACAGCUGAUGCAACUUGGGAGCCUGUGACAGCAUUUCGCCUUGCUCAUCCCUCUUUCCAGCUCGAGGACGACCUGUUUCCUGAGGGAGGGAGAGAUGUUAUGGUAGGGAAUACCUACCAGAGAAGGCCACGGGCAUAGCCCCUGCAGAGUCCUAGAAGGACACGGGCAUAACCCCUGCGCCCAUAUAGAGUCCUAGAUUGAGUCUAGAUUAGUUUUGGGAAAUCUUGGAGAAUCUAGAGUCUGUUUCCUAUUUUGUAUUUUUAGUAAGAGUCGGUUUGUAACAGCCUUUAUAAGGCCACCGUAUGAUAUCAAUAAAGCUUAGCCUGGGAUUGUGAUUUCUAUAAUCACCCUUGGGCGCCCAGCCCCAAACUCAUCUGCUUGCCACGCCCAGCUCCGAUCACGGCACCAACACGCCGG